AUGAGCGGAACUACAGAUAUGGCAAGUCAGGAUGAAGAUGCUGUGUUGAAAAUGUUUUUCGACGAGCAAUUUGUGCCGCAAGCAUUUGUAGAUAUCUUGCUUUCGAAGGCUAACGGUACUGGUCUCAAUGAGGUAAGGGUUGUGACGAGUGGCUUACAGUCAAGACUUGACUACUAUACAGAACACCUAACUAAGGAGUUAGAAGGAACUAUAUCUUCAUUAGAGAAGAUAUCUGAUACACUUCCUGGUACAUGGAAUACAAGUGAUUCUUAUGGAGCAGAUGGUAACAUAGGAUCGUCUAAGUUAGAAUAUUACUUAGAUACACUUGCCAAUGCAGUACGUAGUCUUGAGUCUGAUAUCAAAACUCUCAACUCCCAAAUAGAUACUGCAGAAACAGAAUCAGAAGAACAAACACAAAAAGCGGCUGUAUUGGGUAGGCUUCGAGACUUCGAGAAAGCUAAAUCAAGGCUCAAUGAAGUGUUACUAUACUUCAAUCAACUGGAGGCUAUAGCUACUAUCACUGGCAAGAAGAGCGAACAAAAGAUUGCCCCAAUUACGAUAAAGGACUUCAAAUUGUCACUCGAUACUUUGCAGGAAACUAUUGUCAAUACCUUGGAUGAAUCUGAAAAGAAAGAGUCUGCCAAUGAGAAAAAUGAGGAUAUCCUUGAAAAAAUUGACAUGUUCAUAGAGUUGGAAACAGUUCUGAAAGAUAUUGACCCAUUCUACCAAGAAUACCAUAAGUUUAUAGAAUCUAUUACAAAGAGAGCAAACGAGUAUAUUAACACGAAGAAUAUUGAGAAUGAUUUAUAG